ACAUUUUAUUUUCGGAUGUUUGAUUUUUUUCCCUUCUUUUCUCGUCUAGUCCAGAAGUGUGCGUUUUUGACAGCGACGUCACCAAAAAGGAAGCAGCAGAAGCGCUUCCGCAGUUUUGCCGACGCAACCGAACUACUAACGCUAACUUUAUCGAAAAGUUAUCGAGCCUGAAAUUGAAACAAUAUGGAAGCUAACAGUAACACACCAACUUCGGCAGCGUCGACAUCUUGUGAGAGUAAUGGCCCCAAGUCGAGUCUGUCACCGCUGCGUCUGGUGGUCCUCGGUUGGCGCUGGCCCGGCAAGAGCUUGACGGCCAACACCAUCCUGGGCCGUGAGGAGUUCCGCCUGGAGCGCGCUGCCGAGUUUUGCGUGACUCGGCACACGGAGGUGGCAGGGCGCCCGGUGACCGUGGUAGACACGCCAGGCUGGUAUUCAUCACAGGACACGCCGCUGUCCUACAAGAAAGAGAUCGCCCGCGGCGCCACCCUGUGUCCUCCGGGCCCGCACGCCUUCCUGCUCGUCAUCCCCGUGGGCAUGUUCACCGAGGUGGACCGCGCCAGAAUCGAGGAGCACGUGGGCCUGUUCGGGGAGCGGGUGUGGCGGCACGUGCUGGUGGUGUUCACGUGGGCCGAGGUGCUGCGGACCAUUUCGCUGGAGCGCUACAUCCGGCGCGAGGGCGCCGACCUGCAGCGUGUGCUGGAAAAGUGUCGGCGCCGCUACAUGCUCAUCAACAACUGCGUGUUCGAGGAGCAGACGCAGGUGGGACGCUUGAUGGAGCGUGUGGACCAGAUUGUCGCUGAGGAAGGAGGCCACUACUUGCCCGAGGAGCCCCCGGCGCUGGAUCAGAACCGGAACCCGACCGGAGAUGCCACGGGGCAGCCUGGUGCUGGGGCCAAAGCUGACGACAUGGUGACUUUAGGCAAAAAGGUCAGCAGCCUUUCGACGCAGUGAUGUGCCCGCCUCACUUUAGGUACACCCGCAUCAUUGUCCAGGCCCCAGCUGCCCCCCCCCCACCCCCCACUGAGAUUAUUUGAGGCACCCAAGUGUUUCUUACAUUUGGGACCUCACAGGUAGCCACCAUAUCCUGUAAAGAGUAGUUAUGAUACAUUUAUAUAACUUAAAUUUUGUGUACUCAAAAGUAGGAUUUUAUACAAUACUUUUUUGUUCAUCAGGAAAAAUAAAGUUUAAGAUUUGCCAUUUUUCCCCCCCUUCAGAAAGGAUACUCUUAUUUUGAAAACGAUGAAAUAGGAUUAUUUAUUCUUCUAGUAGUACAAUUUUUUUUCUAGAGAUAAAAAGUUUUUUUUUUUUGAAAACCACAAUAUUUGGAAGAUUUCAAUCAAUAUUCUCUCUAUUAUUUAAUAAUAUUGUCUGGGGGGGAAAACAUGGACCAAAACCAGCUCUUUCUGGGGUCAAAAUUUUCAAAGGAGUGAUGACAACUUCCCCCAGAUGGUGGCGCAACGACCCAGGUUUUGUCAUGGGAAUAUGUGAGAUCGAGCAGGUGUACCUAAUGAAGUGUGACAAAUAGUCAGUGGGGGCCUUCAAAGGCUUUGGCCCCCACAAAAUAAGCCCUCCGAAGGCGUGUACCAUCAAAACGUUGGAAGAUUGAGUUCACUUUUGCACUGAAUGUGUUGCUGCUGAUGUUCUUGAGAACUGAUUCGAGAAUGUUGCAUAGGCUGACAGCUGGAGGUCAACUCUGACGUGAAACGUCACUUUAUUGACGUAACACUCAUUUACUGCAGGGCUUUUGAAAAACAAUCUAUCCAUAUUAUUUGCCUCCGCCACCACCCGUAAGAUGACCAUUUUUUUGCAAAUAAUUUACAGUGGUAAUACAGUAGACCUCUGCAAAGGUUUUUAGGUGGCACUUGUUAAUUAUCCGGAAAUAUUCACAAUUCAUGGUAGAUCUUGGUCCCUAUCGCCGCGCUAUUGCUAUUUUUAUUGGAGAGUUCUUUUCCCUAAUGGAAAAAAUACAACUCCCCUUUAAAAUGACUACUUUUUUGGGGGGUUAUAAAAGGCAACUUUUUAGAGUCAGACUUUUCUCAUGGAAGAUGACAAAUUUUCUGAAAUAAGUCACCCCUCCCAACAUUUUUUUUGGUAUAUUUGGCACAUUAUGUCCCUGCCAGGAAAUGAAAAAAUGAAAUUGGCUUUUGAAAAAUAUGCUUAAACUGUUUCAGAUGGCGAAAAUAACAUUUUCCCCACACAAACAUUCAAAUGGUUUGUAACAGACUGACGAGUGCGAGGCCUCCACAGUAGCCAAGUCGUGACUCCAUUCUGCCCCGAGACACAAUUCGUCGUCAGAAGACUUGACAAUCGGUGAAUUGAUGUGCAAGCCUAUCUACUGUAUUUUAAUUCUCUGCUGUUUCGUUUUGUACAAUGAGCAGAGUGGAAAUGUCCAUUUUAGUGACCAAAUUGUUAUUUUUCUGCACUUAUAUAAAGCACUCUGAACCC